AUGACCCACGUUUACCCGCCUCUGUGCCCCGGCUGGUCCUCUGGCACGUUCUCGCCAUCUCUCAUCCUCUGCACUUAUCUCCCCCUCCUCCCUCUCUGGCCCCUGAACUCAGUCCAUCCAUCUCCCCAGUACAAUGAGUCGGCUGCCAGCGGGCCCUCCGGCUGUGGCCCCAGAUGUGAGGGGCCAGAUGGGCUCGGUCCUCUCUAUCCCCCAGAACGACACUCCAUCCUCAGCUGCGGAGAGACUCUACGAAAGAUGUCACCUCUGAGGGUCGAGAAAUCAGAAUAG